AAGCCUUAACUCCCUCCCUCUGCGCGCUGUGCCGCUCCGCUGCUGUGAGCCCUCAGUGUCUGGAUCUGUGUUGUAGAUAGAUGGGCUAGAUGCCACACGCCAUUAGCUUACAGGUUGCAGAGGUUAAAAGUUUGAUUUCCCAUUUUUUGCCGUUCUUCUUCUUGUUGUUUUGGGGGCUUUUUUCUCCUUUGCUUGGAUACCGCUGACUUAGGCAUUGGAUAUGUGCACACAGGAUGAUGACAACCCCUUUCCUCCCCGUAGAAGUAAAAUAAAAUAGGCUUUCGCACAUACUGGAUUUACUCCUGCCGUUCCAUAUGAAGAAGUCAAAAAUUUGGAUACGCAUUUGUGUCCAUUUACUGCUGUUCAUCACGCUUGGGGUACAUUCAAGUAAAUUUGGCGUCAACCCAGUGACAGAUGACAUCUCGAGACUCACUAUUUUGAGACAUAAUAUUCCUAAAGAUUACAAAAUUCCUGUACGUUUCGUUCCAAAAGAAGAGGGUGGGAUGUGUUGGGUAAAAUUAAAUGUCUUCUACCUGGAGGAGAGUUUAAAGGAUUUAGCACAUAAGUUUGGCAACAUUUCAUCCAACAGAAAAGAUAUUAGCAUAUUCGUCCAAAUGAUGCAAGAACUGCGGUUCAACUUAGGAUCUGUGGAGCCGAUCAUGUAUGAUUUCGAGUGCCACUACAGGGAAGAGAGGUGGCAGACAGUGCGAUACUUUGACUUCAUCGAAGACUUCCUUAUAGCUGCACAGAAUAGAGAAGAUUCAGAUGACUGUGAUCCUCCUCCCUGUCCCACCACACCACACACAGUAACAACAGAAGAAUAUUUAAAAGAAUCACCCACGUCCAGUAAAAGCUCCGAGUGUGCAACAGGCUGCAAACCACAUCCUGAACCGAGCGCCCUGACUGAGGUGGUGGAGCGCAGCCUUCUCUCCUUACUGUUCAUUCCACUCCUAGCCCUGGUAUUCCUGCUUGUGUGGAAGGUCCGGUCACGGAGGAACGAGGAGGAUCUUCAUCAAAAUCCUGGAGAAGGUGGACUCUUCACAGGAACAGAAGGGACUGCACCUCCACUAGACGCUGAAAUAUCAGAAAAAAACAAGUUGAACAUCAUUGAAACCGUGUAAUGCUUCUACCUUUUGAUGUACUUCAGCAUAAUUGGGCUCUACUCUUUUCUACUGUCGGUGUCCAAAGGUGAUGAGAAACAAACUUUAAGAUGAAUCUCCAUAUUGAAAUAUCAAGAGGUAAAAGGCCUGUUUUUGACUUCUCUCCAGAUUCACAAUGGCAGAUUCACAAUUGCCAUGAUCCUUCUGGUUAAACCAUGCCUGCUACCGUAUGGAAAAAGCUUGCCUUUUCUUGUAAGACUGCAUUUACCCCAUGCUUUUGAAAAAGACUGUGAGAUUUUAGCAGAGAGAAACCCCCACACCACUCCCCACCCCUGACUGGAUUCUCUGGCUUCCGCAAAUUGUUCAUCAGCACCUGCUGCAUCAUGAACUCUUUUGGGAAAAACUUUGCUUCUCUCUCAGCCAUUGCUACAGUCCUUCUGUAUUUUUGGGCCCGCCAGUUCAUCUUCCAUCAACAAUCAGAGAGUGACUGACACAG